AUGGGAUUACUAGGACAUCAUCAUGGACAUGGUGGUCCAGAACCACCUCAUAAACCAUCUCUCGGUGAGAAGAUCUUAGGACAUGUUCUAGGAAACAACCAUAACGGUGGUCCACAAGGUGGUCCAGGCGGUCCAGGUGGCGGGUAUGGUGGGCAAGGAGGCUUCAAUGGUCAGGGAGGACCAGGAGGUUAUCAAGGUGGUGGUGGACCAGGCUUCGGUGGUCCAGGUCAAGGUCAAGGCUACGGUGGUGGUGGUGGUGGUGGACCGGGAGGCUUUGGUGGUGGACCUGGUGGACCGGGUGGACAGGGCGGUUUCGGAGGUGGUGGACCUGGUGGAUAUGGCGGUGGACCCGGUGGACAAGGCGGUUUCGGAGGUGGACCCGGUGGUGGACCCGGUGGGCAGGGUGGAUUUGGAGGUGGACCAGGUGGUCACGGAGGCCACCAUGGUGGUGGUCCAGGUGGACAAGGUGGAUUCGGAGGUGGACCUGGACAAGGGGGACCAGGUGGUGGUGGUUUUGGGGGUGGUGGACCGGGAGGACCAGGUGGACCCGGCGGAAGAUGGUAA